CUCUGCUUGGUCGGGUCCAUCGAGCUCAGCAGUGGCAUGGCGGCCUAUGGAACCCGGAGCGUCGAGGUCUACGAGAAGGUCAAGUGCGUCGGCUCGGGCACGUACGGCUGCGUGUACGAGGCCAAGCACAAGGCGACGGGCGAGCGCGUGGCCAUGAAGAAGAUCAAGACGCUCAACGAGGCCGAGGGCAUCCCGAUCACGACCUUGCGCGAGAUCGCAGCGCUCAAGGCGCUACGCCACCCAAACCUCGUCCAGCUCAAGGAGGUCGUCGUGAGCAAGCAAAAAGACGACGACGACGACGAUCUUGGGGGCGGCGGCGCCGCCGACGACAGUGCAUACUCGAACCAUGCGACCGAGACGGGCGUCGACUACGCCAGCGGCUCGAUCUACCUCGUGCUUGAGUUUGUGCCACACGACUUGACAGGCCUCCUCCAGUCGGGCCAUGUCUUUACCGAAGUCGCCGCCAAGUACAUCAUGAAGCAACUCCUCGAAGCGCUGCAGUACAUGCACUUACGCGACGUCGUCCACCGGGACAUCAAGUGCUCCAACAUCCUCCUCACGGCCGACCACGAAGUCAAGCUUGCCGACUAUGGCCUUGCACGCACGGCGCGGACGAACCCCAAGUUUACGAACAAGGUGGUAACGCUGUGGUACCGCGCCCCCGAGCUGCUUCUCGGUGCCAACGACUAUGACGGAAGCAUCGACAUGUGGAGCGCAGGCUGCGUCAUGGCCGAGCUCUUCCUCGGGCACCCCAUCUUUGCGGGCAAGGUCGAAGCCGACCAAAUGGCCAAGAUCAUCGAUGUCUGCGGCAGCGCGGUCGAAGAAGUGAAUGGCAUUUCGCACUUGCCCCACUAUGAGAAGUUUAUUCAGCCCGACAAGCGCACGUGGCAGCUCAAGACGAUGAUGAACAGCAAGGCCGAGAAGCGCAAGCGGCCGCUGCCCAAAGGCUUUCUCGAGCUGCUCGACAAGCUGCUGCAGAUCGACCCGAAGAAGCGCUUCAACGCCGAGCAAGCGCUCCAGUCCGAGUACUUUCGGUCGCACCCAUAUCUCCAAGACCCAGCCACAGUCUCGACGUGGAUCCCGACCAUCACGAGCGCGAGCUGCCACGAAAUGGCAACGCGCAAGGCCAAGAAAGAGUCGGGCGCCCAAGCCAUUCUCAACGCCGCGAGUAAAACCAAGCACCAGCUCGCAGAGAAGAGCAAACAUCCGCUCGAGAAGAAGCCGCGUGCGGCCAUGCCGCCAGCACCACCGUCAGCGACGUCACUCUUGAUCUCCAAGCUAGGCAUCAAGAAAGACAUCAAGUCCGAGCCGAGCAAGCGAAGUGUCAAGCCCAACUUGGAGAUGCCUCCAAAGGCCCGCACCGUUGCCUUGCUCGAGGCACGCCGUGAGAGGAUGAAGAAGGAAACGUUGGCCAAAGGCUCGCCCGCCACCAAGUUGAGCGUGCCGGCGGACAAGACGACGAUGAGCCGUCGUGACAAGACGGCCGCCGAUGGCUCGGACCGGACCCAGAAGAAGCCCAAGCCGUCCGUACCUCCAAGCCCGCUGGCGGCUGCGGCUGCUGUAACAGACACGGACCGAAAGAAGAAGAAGCGCGAGGUGAUGGACACUGAGCGGCUUCCGAAGCGCCCGAAGGUCGCCUCUCCCGUGGUCAGCCCCAGCGACUCGAGUGACUUUAGUAGUUGAUCUAACAACAUACUAAGCACCUUGCACUCAACCAACCAUAA